UUGCACAUGUGCGGAUAACGUACAUACAUUUGUACACAAGGUCUUGAAACUCGUUGUCGUCGUGGUUUAAAUAGUGAGAAUCAAAUUUAAAAAAACAGAACGAGUUUUAUCACUGGAAUCUACAACUUUGAGCUAGCGCCCAAAGCGUUGUUUUUGUAUAUAGAAAUAGGAAUAGCCUUUGUUCAUAGCUACUGUUGAUUUUUGAUUUUAUGUAUAUGUUUUGUAAGUCAUUUUCCAAUUGACUUUGCAAUUCAAACACUGCUUCAAAACUUUAAGAAUUAAUAGUGCCAACCGAAAGGAGGGGAAGCAAAUCUUAUGACUUAUGAAAGAUUGAGUGAAAAUCCAGAAAACACAACAGGACCCUGCAUUUCAAAAAAACGUAGUAAAAAGUUCCGGUGGUGCAUGAAUUCCAAAAGGCGAUCAACAAGUCAAAGGGCUUCGAGUAACAGACAUCGGAAGUCACAGCCGUUCAGGUACACAUGAGCCCUGUUGGCAUUUUUGAAGUCUUCAAUUCGUAAUAAAAUUCUCGAAAUAUACAAAAAUAUAUUUAAAUGUGUGUGCUGAAUUAGUUUAGCUUACCACGUUCGAGCCAAUAAUAUCUAAUUACAGAACCAAUAUUUUUCCUAAAGACUAAACUAUUAAGAAAACUAUAAUUUAAUUCGCAAUGUAGUUGAGUUGCGACGAAAUUUAAGUAAUAAAUCGUAUAAAUCAGACACAUUUUUAUACAAAAAUCAAAAUUGACUUGGAAAGUUUGAUGAAUAGGA